AUGGCUUUUCAAGUCAGUUCUACUUCGCCGGCGGGGAAAUGGAUGGGCUUUGUGACUGCAGUAUGGGUCCAAGCCAUCUCCGGCAACAACUACACCUUCUCCAACUACUCCGACGCCCUCAAAAGCCUAAUGGCCCUCACUCAACUCCAGCUAAACAACCUCUCCGUCGCUAAAGAUGUAGGCAAGGCCUUCGGUCUCCUAGCCGGCCUCGCCUCCGACCGCUUAUCCACUCCCGUUAUCCUCCUUAUUGGCUCCGUCGAGGGCUUCAUCGGCUACGGCGUCCAGUGGCUCGUCGUCAGCCGCCGCAUUCACCCGCUCCCUUACUGGGCCAUGUGCAUAUUCCUCUGUAUGGGCGGCAACAGCACUACGUGGAUGAACACCGCCGUUCUCGUCACGUGCAUCCGAAAUUUCCGGAGGAGUAGAGGCCCGGUCUCUGGAAUCUUGAAAGGCUACGUGGGAUUAAGCACCGCUAUCUUCACUGACCUCUGCUCGGCUCUGUUCGCCGAUGAUCCGGCCAAAUUCUUGCUCAUGCUUGCCGUCAUUCCUUUCGUGGUUUGCCUUGUUGCCAUUGUUUUCCUCCGAGAAGUUCCUCCCACCGUAGAAAUAGCCGGCGAAGCCAAAUACUUUUGGGUAAUCAACGUCGUUGCCGUAGUAAUCGCGGUUUACCUCUUAGCGUUUGAUUUAACCGGGAGGCACGGCCGUGUGUUUUCGCAAGUAUUUGUUGCAAUUCUUUUGAUUCUCUUGGCUUCUCCUUUAUCAAUCCCAGUUUACCUCAUGAUCGUGAAUCGUAUUCCGGCCAACCCGACGACAAGUUCGGAUUUUGAAAGCAAUCCCACCGAGCCGUUACUAACCCAAGAAACUACGGAGGAAAAGGACACGGCUGCAACGACGGCAGAAGAGAAGAAACGGCCUGUGAUCGGAGAAGACCACGAUAUUUUGGAAGCGAUGGCGAGUGGUGAUUUUUGGAUCUUGUUUGUAUCGUUUCUUUGCGGAGUGGGGACGGGUUUAACCGUGAUGAACAAUAUGGGGCAGGUUGGUUUGGCUCUUGGAUACGCAGACGUCUCAAUCUUCGUCUCACUCACCAGCAUUUGGGGCUUCUUCGGCCGCAUCCUUUCCGGUUCCCUCUCUGAAUACUUCAUCAAGAGAGGUGGAAUGCCACGGCCUGUUUGGAAUGCAGCCUCACAGAUUGUAAUGGCAGUUGGAUACUUCCUGAUGGCUAUGGCGAUGCCAGGCUCACUAUACAUUGGCUCUAUAGCAGUCGGGAUUUGCUAUGGGAUUCGUCUUGCCGUCACAGUUCCAACCGCCUCCGAACUCUUCGGCCUCAAACACUACGGCCUUAUCUACAACAUCCUAAUCCUUAACCUCCCCCUCGGAUCCUUCCUCUUCUCUGGUUUGCUUGCGGGUUUCUUGUAUGAUUCCCAGGCUAUGAAGACAGCAGGCGGUGGCAACACAUGUAUAGGCGCACAUUGCUACCGGCUCGUGUUUAUAGUCAUGGCUGUUUCAUGUUUUGUCGGGUUUGGAUUAGAUGUCCUACUCUCUGUCAGAACCAGGAAUCUUUAUUCCAAGAUUCAUUUAGCCAGGAAUCGUGAAAGCUAGCUAGCUAGGAAGCAGAAGAAGAUUCCAUAGACAUUUAAUUUGCCAAACAAGACCUGAC